UCCCCCUCCCUGUGUGAUUUUGCGGCUGUAACUCUGCGCGUCUCAGCCACACGGCAGCAUCUAACCCGGAGCGCACAGUGAGGACAAACUCUACAUAAUGACCUGAUAACCACGGGGCGGACUCACAGCUUCCUCUGACGAUCCGCUGCAGCCUGCUUUUCACCGAACAAGUUCCCUGCCUACAGGCCACAUACAGGCCCAUGAUGCUCAGCGGUUCAGUGGACGUACCCAGCCCUGGGGGCAUAAGUGUGGCAUCGGGCCGCAACGUGAUACGCAGCUCAAGCAUCAGUGGCACCAUGUACAGCCUUGAGAAGAGCCCGUGCAGCACCGUGCCUGACACUGGAGGGACUAAAAAACGCCGCUCCAGCCUCGGGGCUAAGAUGGUGGCCAUCGUGGGGCUUUCACAGUGGAGCAAGAGCACACAGCAACUCAACCAACAAGACGGAGCGAACAAGAAACUACGCAGCACCAUCAGGAGGAGCACGGAGACAGGAAUCGCCGUGGAGAUGAGGAACCGUGUGACGCGGCAGGGCAGCAAGGAGUCAACAGAUGGAAGCACUAACAGUAACAGCUCAGAGGGAACUUUUAUCUUCCCUACCACCCGACUGGGCCCUGAAAGCCAGUUCAGCGACUUCCUGGAUGGCCUAGGCCCCGCCCAGAUCGUUGGGCGUCAGACAUUAGCCACACCCCCAAUGGGCGACGUCCAUAUUGGAGUGAUGGAUCGAGGUGGUCAAAUCGAAGUGGAGAUCACCCAAGCCAGGGGUUUAACGCCUAAACCAGGUUCAAAGAACAUUCCAGCAACGUAUGCGAAGGUUUAUGUCCUGGAGAAUGGAGCAUGUCUCUCCAAGAAGAAAACCAAAGUGGUGAAAAAAACACUGGACCCGACCUACCAGCAAACACUGCUGUUUGAUGAAAGCCCUCAGGGGAAAGUAUUACAGGUGAUUGUGUGGGGUGAUUAUGGCCGAAUGGACACCAAGUGCUUCAUGGGAAUGGCCCAGAUCCUCCUGGACGAGCUGGAUUUGUCCUCAAUAAUUGGGGGCUGGUAUAAGCUGUUUCCCACUUCCUCUCUGGCCGAGCCCAGCAUCGGUCAGCUGACCCGACGCCUCUCCCAGUCCUCACUCGAGAGUGCCACCAGUCCCUCAUGCACCUAAAAAAAGCCCUUUAUCUUCUCUCUGUGUCUUUAGGGUCCCAUUCUCUUUUUUGUGCAAUUCAGUCUUAAAUGCAACACAGUGAGUGGAAAAGCAUAGGUUGCUAUAUUGUCCAACACAUACAUACAUACAUACAUACACACACACACUCCAUUCCGUCAGUUCCGUCAGUUCUUAUUGUGUCAUUAUAAUAUAGCAGGAGACGAGAGUUAAAUCACACACACCAUUUCUCCCACAAGCUGGAAGGUUGCUAAUCCAGAAACUGGAAGGUUGCUAAUCCAGAAGACACACAGACACACACAGAAAUCAACAGUCGAACGUGUAACAAAAUAGAGAAUUUGAUUGUUGUUUGAUUUGAUUUGACAGUAAGAUUUGGCUUUUCAGAUUUCUCUUUCUCUCUAUCUCUCUCUCUCUAUCUCUCUCUCUAUCUCUCUCUCUCACACACACACACGCACACUCACACACAUACACACACUUUUCAGAAGUUUUAAAGAUUAUGUAGCAUUUAUACAUGCGCACAUCUUAAAGAGCAGCAGGCUUAUGAUCAUCACGCUUACGAUACCCACCCCACCUCACAACGAAAAAAAAGAGUUUCACUUCUUCUGUUUUCCUAAAACUCUCUAUGCCAAACCUGCUCAAAUGUUUGUUUUUAAAACCAAAGCAAUUCUUCUUAUAUGUAGUGUUUGUAGAGUAUGGAUAUGUAGCAGAGUCAACGACUUUCGGUGAGAUGCAAAAACAAAAAGAAAAAAAGAUCUUUAGAGUGUAGAGUCUAACGUUUUCACAGUCAGAUCCAGAAUGGCUUCGCCCUUGAUAAAGAUAAAGCUGUGGGAAAUAAACAGAACAGAUGACAUUUUAAAAUCAACUCAAAGACAUAUUAACUUCAUGUCACAGAAACACAGCUGUCAGACAGACACUUUUCUUUAUACAUGGCUGCGACCUCCAUCAACAAGCACACCAGCGCUGAUCCUUUCCCUUUAAUUACCCAGAAUUUUCGAGAAGGAUUUAUUCGCAUUUCUUCAACAGAUUAACAAAUUGUCCCGAUUUUAAUUCCUUACAUCACGAUAAUUGCCUUCAGCACGGUUUACAUGAUGAGAUUGCCUUCCCUGAGCCUAUAAUGCUGCGCUCAAAACAGUCAAAAAUUUCAUCCCUUAGAAGACAACGUCUUUGUGCUGCCUCUAGGCUCAGACUGGGUCGGACGUUUAUCUCAGAAGCACAAACACUGCCCAAAAGAUUCUCCUCUAGAAGUAACUUCUAUCUUAAAGGGAACUGUUAUUUAGAUCAUCAAGUAUCCUCGAUACAUGAGUUAUACAGUACACAGUAUGUGCAGUAUAUAGCGAUUAAUCAUAUCAGUGGUGGACAAAUCACAAGCUUCUUCAUUAUACUGUAGUGAGUGUAAUGAAUAGCUGGAUAAUUAAAAAAAAAAAUGAUCAGAGGAAAAAAAAGCACUAUGAACUUUCACCAAGUAGUUUUUACUUAGUAUAUCUUUACCCAUGACAUGUUUCUAUAUGGUCUAUUGUGAAGUCAAAUACUAAAGGCUACAUUCGUUAUUUAAAUAAUAAUUUCCUGGAAACUCCAGGGUUGGAGGAUCGAUUCCUGUCUCCUCUCUGUACUUUAAAGGUUUCCACCAGGUACUCUGGUUUCCUUCCUCAGUCCUAAGACAUGCCUUGUAGGCAGAUUGGCAUUGCUAAAUUGUCCACAGUGUAUGCAUGAGUGUGUGAGUGUAGCCUUUGAUGGAUUGGAUGUUGCAGAUUCCCUGAGACACUAUGUAUAAUAAGUGCUAAAGUAAACGGAUGGAUGGAUAAAUAGAUGCAAUAAAUUUCCUUAUACAGAUGAUUUAUUUACAUAAAAAUAUACAACAGUGCAAAACUGUCCAACACCUCUGACAUACAGUGUAAUUACUGUAUGGCUAUGAAUCUUCCUCUCCACAAGCAUUUAAGAAAGCGUUAGAUUAGAUAAGUUUGGGGUUUAUUCAUAUGUAAUGUUUCUGUUCGACCAAACCAUGGCACCGAGCAGCACGUUAAACCGGAAUAAGUUUUAUGAUUUGUCCAUUUCUGUGUACGAUGAAGCAUAUUCCAGCUCCACAGAUCAGUUCUGCUCAUUGUAAAAUGAUGAUUCAUUCUGUAUUCAAACACAUUUUAGUUCAGUUUUAGUUCAAAACUGCAGAACCUUAAAAACUCAAAUAUACACCAAGGUUCAGAUUUUGGUCAGAAUAAAAAACUAACCUAUAAUAAUUCCAUUAGUCCUGAUGAUAGAGUUUGAGUCAGGUGUAUGAAACGAUUUCCCCUCAACAAUUACACCAUUUUUACUUCACACAGACUAGUUCUUUUCUUUUUUUUUUCCCCCUCAUCCUGUUUCUGAUGCCAAAAUGUGCCUCGGAUGUAACAGGGAGUUUAUUUUUAGCAUCAGAACACCGUAGCACUUUCUCCAAGUCCCAGUGCCAUUUAGGAUUUGAUGUUUAUAGAUUGUUGACAAUAAGGGCUUUUUUCUUUUCCUGGUAGCACUUUGUCCUGAUGGCAAAAAAGAGACCACAUCUUACACAUUUUCAUAAACGUCAUGAAAUACCAACAGACUUUUAGUUAUCUUCCAUUUUGAUUUCACUUCAUUAUUUAUUCAUAAAUUUUUUGACAUGGGUCAUUAUAUAUGCUGUAUGUAUCUAUCCUUUAUGUUUAUCAAGGGUGUUUCUGAUUCAGGAUUCGAGGGGUGACUGUCAAGACGCACACCCCCCACAAACACACACACACACACACACACACACACACACACACACACACACACACACACACACACACACACACACACACACACACACACUCUUCUAAAGGGCAGGGCUCAACUUCACCAGUCAGGUUAUUUAAAUGCACAUAAUAUCUGUUACAUAUGGUAGCAUAAAUGUAUGAAUUCAAACAGAGGACAUUAUAUAUAAAUAUAAAAUAUAGAUAUUAUAUAAAAAUAAGAUAUUUGUGUUAAUGUAUUUAUUAUCUGCAUGUUUACUCACAAAAAACAAUAUAAAGUGUUGUUUUAAGCUUGCCUUUAAACGCAUAUAGACUAUAUAGACUGCAUUUAUUUUGCAGAUGCUGUCGUUUUCUUUCUCUUUUUACUUUUUCUUUUUUUUUUUUUGAUGAAUGUCGGAUCUGCACUGAAGGGUAGCUUCAUGACAAGGCUCUGUUCAGUUUCUCCGGCUGUAAAGUGAACCGACGUUCAACCGAACAACUAAACCAGCAGCUCGAUUUGUAAUACAGAAGAGCAAAAAAAGUGUCAUGAACAUGAAUUCUUAUUAACAAGCACGGUGGACCUCCUGGGGCGGGUUUUGGGACGAUGGAGCAUUUUCUUUCGACCAGCAUCUAGAUCUAAACGUCUAAAGGCCUUAUCCUGGAGGUCAUAAGUGGAAAUGAAUAUCAAUAGCCUGUUAAUCAAAGCCCAAGACUGAUGGAUUUUCUCAGUGAGUUCUUUAAAUGCUGGGAUUGUAGCUAAACAGUUCAAAUUGUCUUCUCCAAUCGGCCUUAGGCACAAUGGAGACUUCUCAAGAUGUUUCUUGUUUGUUUUUUUUUUUAAAUGUGGUCCUUCUUAUAUGUCUUAGAUCUGGACACAGGAUUACAUGUGUUGAGUUUUUUCACAUCUCUUGUAUCAUCGCACAUAUCAUUCUCCUCAUGAAUGUCUCAACAUUUACUUUCUCACAUGUGUUCAAGGAUAAAAGUCACAAUUAAGGAAGUUUUUUUUGACCAUUUUCCUUCACGGUCAAAGACACUACUGAAAAUUAAGCUUGGUGUUUACAGUGGGGAAAAAAAAAACCCACAUACUUGAUUAAGACAUUUAAAAUUUGUUUCCUGCAUCGACGUAAUAAUAUUAAUCAGAAUCGUAAUAAGUGUGCUAUGUUUUGAUUGAACGGGAAGUAAGUUAAUCUACUCUGACUACAUCACUACAUUUAUGAAAACUUUUCUAAAUAAGAGAUUUAUGCAUUCACAAUGUAUGAUCAUGACACAUAACGUUAUUCCGAUAGACAGGAGCAUUCGCAAGAACCGAUCUGAAAUCCUCUUGAAAACUGGUCUGUGGUUCACUUUAUCAUCAGCGUUUCUGAAGGAAUACUUCUAUGUGAACACAAACCUCAAAUUUUAAGCUCCGCCCCAAAAUGAGCCCAUGUGAAAAAGCUCUUACUGCUCUCUUUCUGUUCUCUCACAUGAAACAGUUUAUUUACCUAUUCAGAUAUUUCUGUACACAGUGACAUGAUAAUGUUUAAAUCAGAAUAUCCUAAGACAAACGCACAUUUGGGCCUUUUGCUUUGUUUACACUUGACCUGAAGGCCAAAAAGACUUCCAUAAGAGCUUAAAAGCUAAUUCGAAACAAAUCGGCAACAAUAUUAGCUUUAAACCAAGCUCAAGUCUCCAGAAUUAUUUGCUGUCUACAUUUGUUUGUCGACGUCUUUUGGCGAUUUUCUUUAAAGCGUCAUUACAUUUUAUAAGAAACAUGCUCUGUUGGACAAACAAGCUUAUAUACAAUCCUAAAAAAAAAAAAAAGAUUUCAGGGUUUCUUUUAAAGUAUCACCAUCCUCUCCCCUUUGACAUUCAUGUCGCUAAUACUCACAGAACCGAGAUCAAGAUCUAGAGUAUAACUUUCUUACAUUGCUUCAGUAAGAAGUGUGUGUAUUUAAGGUUUAAUUUUAUUACUAACUGAGAAGAAACAUCUUUUUUUCUUUAAUGGUUCCUAUCUGACUGUACUUUCUCACAGCUGAAUGUUUUGUCUGAAACUCUGAAAACUCUAUUAUUAGAUAUUACUAUUUUUCCAUGCGUUUUUUAUGUAUACUGGGCACUUGAGAUUGUACAUGUCCUUUACCUGUAAAUGGAGUAAUCACACACUCUUAUUGGCCUUGCAGGUUUUCAGAAUUACAAGAGCAGAUAACAAACACUGAAUGCUUGAAUACUUGUAUACUAGUCAUUUUUUUUUCCUUCAGGUCUAGUAAUUGGUUUUGUUGUGUUGGAAUCGGAAACCUCUGAGCUUUCUCUUCCUGUCUUGGUCAUUUCUGUAGUUUGAAUGUGUUGCACUGGGAUGCAGUGGGCACCAUGGAUGCAUCACAGGCCCAGGGUUUCUUCCUUGGGUUGGGUAAAUGCUCGAAAGUUGCCCUGACUUCCUCUCUCCUCUUUAAAACAUGCAGGAAGGUGGAUUAGAUCAAUUAAAUUGGCUUGAGAUGUGAAUGAGGCUUGGCAGCCCAUCCAGGGUGUAUUCUCACCUCACAUCCAGUGUUCCUGGGUUCCAGGCUACAGAUCCACCAAGACCCCAAUCGUUAUUUAUGUCUAUAAUGUCCAUAAAUCCUCCUGGAUGCUUUAGGUAAUGAUGUAUACACUGUACAUAGUGUACAUUCUGUAUUCAAGUCCACACUAACAGGGAAGUGAAAGCUGCAUGAUUUUGCAAGCUUGUUUUAAGAACGCUGUUUGUAAAGCUAGAGUUUUGUGUAGUUCGCCUCUGCCUCAGUGUGUUCUUAAUGCUUCAACCAGAAAAAAGUAAACAAAGACAACACUUUAAACUUUAAAGCGAUCUACUCCAGACUGAAUGAUGAAUCACAAAUUGUUUACCAGUGUGAGGAUUACAGUGCUGAGGUGACACCGGUUUUAUAUGGCUGCCCAUAUAGAGGAUGAGCUUUGUAUUAAAAUGUGGAACUAUUGAGAACUAAGGUUACUAAUCUCACUAAAGUUACAAUAGUGUGACAGACAGUGUCAUGGUUCCUGUUUUUUCUUAUGACUUAAUCGAAAUGAGAUGAGACUCGCUUGUUAGAUUGUUCCAGAUUUUUAAAAGAGAUCAGGGUUGUAACGUGAUCUUGUGUUUUCUUCUUUUCAAAUUUGGUCCAACCCUUUAUCUAGCACUUUCAUAUCACACAAUACAUAUCAACCAAGCAGAGAGGAUAAAGACUAACACUUGCUUCCACUGAGACAUGUAGCUGAAGCCAGCCAACUACACGUGAGCCAAAAAAACCUCAGAGAAAACAGCUGUCUGCCCUCUUACACAUACCUGAGCUCACAGAUACCCACAAUGGGCUGGUUUUGCUCUGACUGACUGGUGAUAUUGAAUCUCAUCCUUAUCACCCAGAGAACAAGGCCAGGUUUUCUUGGACUUCUGGCCAGAUAUGUUGGUGUCCGGAUUUAGUCAUCAGGUUUCUGCCCUGUUAAGGCUUUGAGAGUUCAGGUUAUUGCUUGUGGCAUUAUAUAUAACUGUAUUUGUUACAAUCCAACAAAUUCACCGUUCCUGUGAAUUCAAUGUGAGAAAUUUAAAAGCCAAUUUGCAGAAGCUUUCCAAGCUCUAGUGUUUUACAAAAGAUUUCUUACUAGAAUUAACUGUAGCAAGAAAUGUUUGUCUGGAAUAUGUAUUUUCACUGACUGGAAAUGGCAUGACAUUGAUGUAUCGUAGAAUAUUUAGUAGCUAAUUAUUUAAUUAGUAGCAUGGAUAUCAUUGUGUACUACAUACAGUACACCCGUUCAGCCGGUUAAACCCUGACAAACCAUAACAUAUGGCUUUUGGUAUACGAUACAGAUACGUUUAUAAUGUAUUUCAUUACACUCGCCCGUUGCUUGCGAUGCACUGUGGGUUGUUCACAGUAUUUUGACCACCGAAACUUGUAAAAAAAAAAAAAGUUUGAAGUUCUAGUAUGUAGGACAGUUUAUAAAAUACACAAUGUUCGAGUAAGUUCUUGGCUCGUGAGAUUCAGAGACUUGGUGUUAGGAAGCUGUUGGGAUUGUUAGUGAUGAAACCCUUUCUAUUUUUGUGAGGUUUCCCUUGCUAGCAUGUUUUAUAUUUGUUUGACUUUCCUGAUUUCUAGAUCCUGAUGAUUUAUAUACGGCUUAAAUGCUCAAAAUUUGGAUCGGUUUGGAGUUUUACACCAAAUGGCAGGCCUUUUCAAUUGUUUGUCACUUUAACAUGCGUUGAGCUAUCGUGAGAUGUCGUUUUAUUUUUUUAAACAAAACCGGAACAGGGAGUUUUGUAGAGAGGAAGAGUGUGUCAGUAGAUGAUGGAAGAUUUUCUUAUGCCUGUAUGUUUUCACGAGGGCUUUGUGAAGUCAUUUAUUUGACUUUAUUUUGAAGGUGUGUUAUUGCUGUGCUGGAAUCCUAUUUGAUCGAUUUAAAGGCUUGAGUAUUUUCCUGUGAUGUAUCUGUUUGCUAACAAAGAUUGAUGAAUGUAUUAAUUUGAUUAGUACUGAAAUGAAAUGAAGUAAUUGAAAUUGCUCGAAAACCACCAAUUUCCACCUCUUAAAGACUGCGGAGGGAUUUUUAUUUCAUUUUGCUGGGUGUUUUUAAAAGCGCUUUUUAAUCUCAGAUCAAAAAUGGAUCUUUUUCUGUUUGUAAUCUCUAAUCGAGGGUCUGUAGGGAUUAUAACAUGUCAUAUGUGUCAACAACAACAUAAUAUGAAUUUGGCUCUUUUGUAGCAUGACUUUGCCUUCCGUUCAGUUUGCAAUAACCUCUAAAAGACGGUCCGAAGAAAAGGUCGGGGUUUAGGCUAAUUCGGUUCAGUUUUGUGUAUAAACCCAACUCACAAUAAUCCUUUUGUAUUCAUUUCAUUUGCACUAUAUCUAGGAUUUUAGAAAAUCACUUUAAGUGACAGGAAACAAUACAAUGCACUCAUAUGCUCUAAUGUUAAUUUUUCUAUCUAGGCAGCCUAAAUAGGGACACAAAAUAAGGCUUCUGCACUCUAUGUAGUGCACUAACUUCUUACUCCCUAUGUAGGCAACCUAUUUAGGAUAAAAAAUAAUGGCUUCUACACCGCAUUGCAAUGCAGUGCGCUAUAUGUUUAGUAAGAAGUCAUGUGUUUAUGACAUCAGCCACCUAUUUUUGGUCAUAUUUAUAGUAUAAAUAGCGCACUAAUGGACAUGAAUCAUAACUAAAGCUAUGUUCACACAUUCAGAGAUUUAUUUAUUUAUUUAUCUAUUUAUUUUUGUUUAGGUAUUCUUGUUACUGAUUGUCAUAUCAAUAAGUCCACUUGGUCUUUAGCUACAACUCAAAAUGUCUGCAGUGCAAUGUAGUGUUAUUACAUUAUAUAACAUAUUAUUUCAAUUGACUGUUGGUUGAGGUUAUUAACAGCAAAGUUUUUUUAAAGUAGCAAAAGCAAAAAGCAACAACAUGGAGUUUGUCUGCUUGUGUCUAGUCUUAGUCCAUCAGUCAUUGCGAGUCUUUUUUUUUUAAGUGUUGUUAAAAAGAGCACAAAAAAAAAUGAAGGUGUUUUUUUUUUCCCCUUGUGCAUGUGGAAGGAUUUUAAAAGUACAAAUACUGAGACAGAGCAUCAACAGAAAUGUAGCUUCCCUUAAACACAACACCUGGUCAUGUUAUGUAUUAAAGCUUUCACUGAUGUGCUGAAGGAAGUUAAAAGGGAUCAGUCUUUAACUGGAGCUAGAGAGGAGCUCAGGUGUGUGGAAAUUGUGAUUAAGGUACACACACUCACCACUAAUCUGUCUUUGUGCAUUGUAAAGGGGGUAACAAAGUAGACUACUGAAAAAAAGCUCACAACUGAAAUGGAAACACUAUAGGAAAAGGAAGCUGUAAUUUUCUACUUGUGCUUUGUAAACGUUUUCUAUGUGCAGUAUUUGAUAAUGUAAAACUGGUAUUUUUGUGGUUUGUACGCUGAGGAAACGAUGAUUUAAGGUGCACGUAGUUUUUUAAGAAAACUAGAAAGGAUAAAAAAAAAGUUUCAAAUCUGAAGCCUGUAUCUGCAUGCCCAUUGAGUGCUGGAGGAUGGAAUUCAAUAAACUUUUAUUGGAAUCAU